CUUUUACAGUAAUCUAGAAUAUUAGAUAGAACAUUUAAUAAUUUGCAUUAUUUUUAUUUUUAUUUCAAAAUAUAGUUUCAGCAACUCCAAAAUUUAUAUAUUAUUAUUGACAAUGGGACUAUAAAUAUGUAUAAAAUUUUAUUUUGUAGAUUACAGCUUCUCGUAUUAAAUGGACACAGGAAAGAAUACAUUCACUGAUAAUCCAGUUAUUGCGGUAUGCUUUAUCAUACUGGAUUGUUGAAUUUCUUCUACAUUAUCUGUAUUGUUCUGCAAUGCAAUUUUAUCCUAGUCUUUUGCAUAAACUGGAUAGUUGGACACUCUGUGGAUUAGGUUAUAGUCUACCUGUGCUAUUCUAUUUAAAAUAUUUUGUAAUAUAUGGCAUAGCAGGAUUAUUUGCUCAAGUUGAACAAUUUACUUUUCCACCACCACCUAAAUGCAUAAGUAGAAUUCAUUUAUCUUCUUAUCAGUGGAGUGUAGUAUUAAAGAAAGAAAUUAUUGCAAAAUAUGAGAAUGGCAUUCGUGUUUCUAACAUCACUAAAAAAUAUAAUGUGGCUGCCAAAGUGGCUAAAGGAGUGAAUGUGAUAUCGAAACAAAGAUCUAAAGUUUUAGAUGAAGUUGAAAAACUGUUGCUAAUAUGGAUCAAUGAAAAGCAACUUGCUGUAGACAGUGAAAUGGAUCUUUCUCUUAGAUGUCUUCUCUUAAUGGAUAACGUUCCAUCACAUCCACCAAAUUUGGAGGACGACUUGGAUAGUGAACAUGACUUCAUCAAGAUCAAAUUCCUUCCACCUAACACAACUCCAUUACUUCAACCAAUGGAUCAGCAAGUGAUUUCCAAUUUUAAAAAGCUAUAUAUUUAUUACCCUGUUGUUGGAUAUGGUAAAAGAAAAAGUAUUUUUAAAGUCUUUGGUUGUUUCCUUUGUUUUGCAUUUGUUUGUAUCUGGCAUGGCAUGGGAAAAUCAAUUUGUGUUUGGAGUUUGUUAAGUUUCCUGGGUGUUGUUGUAGAAAAGUUUUCCUCUGAAAUUAAUUCAAAGACAUUUCGUAAGGUAAAAAUUUUAUUAUUUAUAUUAAUAUAUACAUAUAUAUAAAUGAUGAUCAUAAUUAGCAGCAUAUAACAAUAGAAAAUAAUUUCUUAAUAGCAUGCAAUAAAAAAGUUCUAAUAAUGCUGCUUUAAAUUAUAAUAAUAAUAAAACAACACAUCACAAUAGACCUGAUGCCAUUCUCAUUGAGAAAUGCAGAAAGAUUGCUUAUAAUAGUAGACAUCUC